GCAGCCCAAAGGGUUAAGAGCAGAUUUUGUAUACUUUUUCGGUAUAUUUUUGCGCCGUAUUCAAAGGGUGCUUUGAGUUCCUUAUAAAGACUCCUGCACAUGCUUGUAGGCGUCUGGUAUCAUUCUGCUCUAUCUCUCUUGAGAUUUGUAUGGCCGUUAUCAUCUGGACGCUGUGGAGCUGAUGUGUCUCGUGGUUUGCUGAUCUGUUGUUGAGCUUUGGUUUUCAGUGGAGCUGAUAGGAUUGGGAUUGAUUUUCUGCAGUGUUGGUAGGAAUCCGUCUUAUUGGGGCGGAUUCGUAUCCGGAAGCCGGUGGAUUCGGCAGGAAUAUUUUGUUUGUUGAUGCUUAUCUAAUUCUUCAUAUCUUGCAUUUCCGCUGCCUGGGAAUCCUCAGAAAUGGUUGAAUUCGGAAAGAAGUUGAAGGAAAGACAAAUUCAAGAAUGGAAGGGGUUCUACAUCAACUACAAACAAAUGAAGAAAAAGGUUAAGCAGUAUGUUAAUCAACUUCAAGCUGGAGCACAGGGUCGCCGACAUGUUCUCAAGGAUUUCUCAAGAAUGCUGGAUAAUCAGAUUGAAAAGAUAGUGCUGUUCAUGUUGGAACAACAAGGCCUUCUGGCAAGUAGGCUUCAGCAGCUUAAUGAGGAGCAAGAAUCUCUUCAGGGACAACCUGACAUAUAUAAGAUUACCGAACUACGUGAAGCUUAUAGAACAGUUGGGCUCGAUCUCUUAAAGCUUCUCUAUUUCUUGGAAAUAAAUGCUAUUGGUCUGCGGAAGAUCCUUAAGAAGUUUGAUAAGCACUGUAGGUACAAGUUCACUGAUUACUAUGUGGAGACCCGUGCCAAUCAUCCGUAUUCUCAACUCCAGCAAAUUUUCAAACAUGUGGGGGUUGGGGCUGUUGUUGGGGCUAUAUCACGAAAUCUUGCAGAACUUCAGGACCGCCAAGGAAGUUACCUAUCUAUAUAUGAUCAGCCUCCUGUUCCCCUCCAGGAACCUGUUGUUGACUCCUUGCAGUCAGCAGUUAACCGAUUAUCAAAUUCCACAAGUUUUCUUGACUAUUUGGGACAGCAUGCACUUAUCAUGCAGGAGGAGUUGCCUCCCGUCGGGGAACACGCCGGUGAUCAAAGAUACCAUUUCAUGUCACUUGUCCUGAAUUUAGCAAAUACAUUCCUGUACAUGGUAAAUACUUAUAUUAUUGUUCCAACUGCGGAUGACUAUUCUAUGAGCCUUGGAGCAGCAGCAACAGUAUGUGGUGUUGUGAUUGGAGCAAUGGCAGUUGCACAGCUAUUCUCUUCUGUGUAUCUCAGUGCUUGGUCCAACAAAUCGUAUUUCAGACCUCUGGUAUUUAGCAGUAUAGUUCUUUGUGUGGGAAAUGCCAUGUAUGCGAUGGCUUAUGAUCUGAAUGCAUUAUAUAUACUUUUGAUUGGCAGAUUAUUUUGUGGCUUGGGUUCUGCCAGAGCAGUUAAUCGACGUUAUAUUAGUGAUUGUGUGCCAACAAAAAUUCAAAUGCAGUCUUCAGCAGCUUUUGUUAGUGCUAGUGCCCUAGGUAUGGCCUGCGGCCCUGCACUAGCUGGACUGCUUCAAGUUAACUUCAAGAUCUAUAAUAUCACAUUUAAUCAAAAUACUUUACCUGGUUGGGUAAUGGCUGUGGCAUGGCUAGUCUAUCUGAUAUGGCUGUGGAUCUCAUUUAAAGAACCAGUUUUAGAAUAUGAAGUCGACCAAGUUCCACAGGAAUCUAGUGCUGGUGCAGAUCAUGACAAGCUUGAGAAGGGUCUUGAACAACCAUUGCUCCCACCUCCAACAGAAUAUGAACAAGAAGACGAUGGGGAUGAAGAAUGUGAUGGGAGUGAAGAAGCUUCAAAUGAAUCACGUCUACCAGCAAACUCCCUGGGAUCUGCCUAUAGGCUACUUACACCUUCGAUAAAGGUUCAAUUGCUCAUAUACUUUAUGCUUAAAUAUGCUAUGGAGAUUCUACUUUCAGAGUCAAGUGUUGUCACAUCAUACUAUUUUGGUUGGGGCACCAGCACCGUGUCGAUUUUUCUCGCGUGUCUAGGUCUAACAGUUCUUCCGAUAAACAUGGUUGUUGGAGGUUACAUCAAGAAUUUCUUUGAGCACAGGCAAAUACUAUUGGCAUCUGAAAUUGUGGUCUGCAUCGGUAUUAUUUUUAGCUUCCAGUUUAUAAUCCCAUACUCCACGCCGCAAUAUGUCUGCUCGGGUCUCAUCAUGUUUGUCGCUGCCGAAGUUUUAGAAGGAGUGAAUUUGGCACUCCUGACCAGAGUAAUGCCGUCAAGGCUAAACCGAGGAACCUACAACGCGGGCCUUUUGUCAACGGAGGCGGGGACAAUUGCUCGGGUCAUCGCGGAUGCUACGAUCACUGGGGCAGGAUAUUUAGGGCAGAGUAUGCUGUUGAACACCACUCUUGCCCCAUCUCUCGUCUUCUGCAUCACCUCGAUUAUUGCCACGUGCUACACUUACAAUUCCCUCUACUAAGAAGGACAACUCGAGCAUGUCAUCGACUUCAUGUGACGUCACAUCACAAUUUGUUGGUGAAGUAGUUUAGUUUAGUCCAUUCGUUUAUGAUCUAUCAAUAAUAAUGUUACGUAGGGUUCUUCCUUGCUAAACGAAUUUGGAGAUUGAAUUUCUAAAGUGUUUUGUAUAUAGACUUUAUGCUUUUUCAGUAUUGAAAGUUAUGAAGAAGAAGAAGAUUGUGGUGAAA